CUGUUGGAGGAUUGGUGCAGAGGAAUGGACCUGGACCCUAGGAAGGACUUGCUAAUCAUGGGGAUCCCCAUGGAGUGUAGUGAGGCAGAAAUUAAAGAGACCCUGAGGAGGGGCUUAGAGUCCCUCUGCACCUACAGGGUGCGGAGCACAAUGUUCAGAAGGGAAGACCAUGCUAAGGCAGUUUUCCUUGAAUUGACUGACACCAUCAACUAUGCUACAGUGCCCAGCUGGAUCCUAGGAAAGGGAGGUACCUGGGAAGUGGUGAAACCCCAUAGCCCAGAUGAGGAAUUUAUCAACAGACUGAAGUACUUCCUAAAAGAUAAGGACUGAAGAAUGGUAGAUGUGGCCAAAACCCUGGGGUACAGCACUCAUUCUGAGGGUGCAGAGCUGGAGGGCUUGGCUCAAGUCAGGCAACCAGUCUUGCAGCUUCUGAAAGAAAGCCUGUGGUGCCAAAAACUCAAGAUGUUUUCAGGAAACACUCUCCCAGGCCCAGGUGAAGAGAGCUUUGAAACCUGGCUAGAGCAGGUGACUAAGAUGAUGCAGCUAUGGCAGGUGUCUGAGAUAAAGAGGCAGGGUUUGCUGGAGAGCUUAUGUGGCCCUGCCCAGUCCAUCAUGUGGGUGCUGAGGGCCAGCAGUGACUCGACAGUGGAGGAGUGCCUGGAGGCCCUGAAGCAGAUCUUUGGGGAUAAAGAGGACCAUAGAACCUCACAGUUAGUUGAGACCUUCCAGAAGUCUGGAGAGAACAUCUCUGGUUUUUUGGUAUGGUUAGAGCCCCUGAUUCAGAAAGCCGGGCAGCACAGCCCCCUGUCAGUGAGAAGCACAGACACGAUUCACCUGAAACACAUCCUAGCCCGAGCCUCCAUGACCACUGCCCUCUGGGGCAAGCUCAAGCUACUGGAUCAGUGAGAGUGUGCGCCCACUUUCCUGCAGUUAAUGAAGCUCAUUCGAGAUGAAGAGGAGUAUGAGGCCACCAUGGCAGUGACUGAGGAGAACCAGAGUCAAGCAGAAAGGGUCUGCAGGGCAUCAGAAGACAAUGUCCUGAUCCCUCAGGUCAUGGUGCAGGCAGGGUCAUUUGCUGAGAGCAGCACUCAGACCAUCCGGGAAGGGAUCGUCCCAUUUCUGAAGUGCAGGUGGCUGUCUUCCAGCUGUGACACUGGGGAGGAAGGCCACAGCCAGGCAUUAUUUCCUAGGGCCGAGAACCAGCCUCCGGCAAAGCCCAGGCCUCAGCUGGCAGCAGAAGAGUUGGGGAGCGAGAGAGGGGCUGGAGCCGUUGAACCACCCCAAGGCUUAGGAAGCAUAGACUCAACAUAUCCAGGCACACCCUCUGCUAGCAGGCAACAGAAAAAGUGUAACGGGGGAAGAGGCAGUCCACACAAACAGUGGGAGCCUUGAAUGGGGCAGAGGGGCAGGGAAGCCAGGCCCAGCCCCCUCAGCCUCUACCAGCUGGAAGGUGCUCCACCAACCAAGCCAAAAUCAAUUCAGGGAGGUGUGGGAGGUCCAAGUAUGGGGCCAUAACAUGCAGCAAAAGGGGUGCCCGCACCUCAGACAGAGACCCCAACAUAGCAGAGGCUGAAGGUGUAGUCAGGGUCUCUGGCAUUGGCCCUGGCUUUUGGCCACCUGCAAACGCCCACCCAGUGGGCUCUGAGCUAACGAUGCUGAUGGUCCCCCAGGCCACGUGGGACCUAGAGGAGCCUCUCUGGAGGCCAUCUCUGCCACAAUGUGCCAGCACUGGCAAGGAAGAGCUGUGGGGCAGACGGGAGAUGCUCUGGCUGGGAGACCACAGGAUCCAGCCUGUCUUCAGGAACAUCUGCCCUAGGGUGUCCCCCAGAAGGCAGAACCCUGGAGCCUUUCCACAAUUGAGGGCAGAGGACCCAGAGGCCCAUGGCACCCAGCACCAUCCUACAAGCAGUCUUCCCCUACCCUGGCCCCUGCAGCCUGGAAGGACUGUAGGGACAAGGACAGCAAAGACUGUGAGGAGAUGAUAGGGCCCUGGGUACCUGGUGGGCCAGUACCCCACAGCUGGCUUUGGUGUGAGUGGGUGUGCAUGUAAACUUUUGUUCCAAAGGAGGAAAAGGAGAAGGAGGAGGAAAAGGGGAAAGAGGAGGAAGAGGAGGAGGGGGGUGCAGGAAGAGGAGGGGGAUGGAGGAAGAGGAGGAGGAGAAUUCAUUAGCAGGAGGGAGGGUUCUUUUGUUCUGCUUAGGUUUAUGCUUGGUCACUGGAGACCUGGGACUGGCCUGGAGAAGUACCACUCACCAGCUGCCAAUGCCAAGGUCAGCCCCAAAGCCUGCAACUGGGAACAGCCCUGAGUGGGCAGUACCUGCCUAGGUGAGGGGUGCCUGCAAAUAGCUGCUGCCCACACUGGCCUGAGAGACGUUAAGGGCCAUGUCAUGGUGCCUGGGCCUCCCUUGCACCCCACCAGAGGGGACCCCUAUUCAGCAUCCCCUGGGGCAGGCUGCUCCCUGUCCUGGGAAGUCCAGAUGUUUCCCUGUAGGCCCCCUAGUGACCCAGGUCUCAAGGAACCCCUCCCUGCCCCAGUCCCCUCUCCCCUCCCCAACAACACACACCCCCAAGCCGUCGCCCACUUCCCCCUCCCACCCCCCACAGAGCCCUGCGGUGCCCAUGAACCUGGGCUGGUUGUCCCCACCUACCCAGUCAGCCACCCCUGGGCCCUGCCACGUGCCCUGAGCUUCAGCACCAGCCAAGGCCCUACCCGCUGUGGUCCCGAGUCCUCAGCUCAGCGUGUGCUUUCCCAGUGCAUACUCAGGCCCAGUUCUGCUUGCUCUCCUGGAGAUGUGCGUGUGUUCUUCUCCGAGCAGUUCCCCCAACUGUGGUGCAGAGACACCCUAGCCCACUCUCAGGAACCGGUGGGUAGUAGGGGAUGGACAAGGGCUUGGCCAGCAUCCACCCCAGGACUUCUGGAAGGAAGAUCUGCAUCGGUGCCGCAGUGGGGCUUUGGGAGGCCCCCAGGACCUGUGCUCUGCUGGGCCACCCUGUGCUUCCUCGGGAUUCUGUGUCCUCGGCUUGGUGCAGCGUGCCCUGCUGUGUGACUGACUUGUGCCCACCAUAGAGCAUGUGGGCCCAAGCGGGAGGAGCUGCCCUCAGGGGAUUGGGCAUUGCCAGCGCCCACCUUCCUGGCAAGACACUGCCUGCGAGGCCCUCAGGAAGGGAGAGUGUGGGGGGAGGGAGGACCGCUGCGUGAGAGCAGUACAGGCACCUUGUUAGGGACCCUGGGAGGAUAAGAGGGGCCAGGACCAUGAUCUGUGGCCGUUAGUAGUUCUCUGUGUUGUCAUUCCCUGUCUUCAAUGGUUUCAGUCAGUGCUGCUCUUCAAUAAAGUUUCCUGAAAGUUUCAGCUGUCUUGUCUCUGCUCUGGACAGUGGAGGGGAGGCGCUGCCUGAGAUGGGGGUACAGUGGCCUGGUACCUCGAGUCAGCACUGCAGUGUGGUCCCGGCAGGGUCCGAGAUGGUCUGUGUGGCCCCCUGGGCCGGACGGAGCUUGGCGACAGGGAUUUGUGGGCAGGGACUGUGGCUGGUUGAGUCCUCAGGAACCUCCGGGAGCCUCCAGGAAUAAGUGGGUUAGAUGUGGGGGGGAGGGCAGGGUCAGCAGGUAGGACGCCAGGCUUUAGGAUCCCUGGCAGCUCCGUGGGGGCUCCAGGCACCCAGAUGGUUCAGAGAGGUCACAUGUGCCAUCCCAAGGACCAGCCAGCCACAGAAAGGUCCUGGUGUGAGAUCAAAGGCCACUGUCAGGAGUGUGGUGCAGGAUUCCAGGGCACGGGUGUUUGCCCACCUUCCUGAGAUAGGCCUACUCCUGCUGGCCAAUGGUGGCCAGCCCUGCUUUGGGCACCCAGGAACGGGGGUCGGGGGGUAGUGGUGUGAUGUCCGAGGAAAGGAGGGUGGGCCAGCAGGAGUUCCACAGCCCCCUUUCCUCAGAGGCCGGGAAAGGCUGGCAGCGCUGUCCUCCACCUUGAGUCCAGGGCAGGGUGGCAUGCUGAGAGGCAUGGGCACCCCUCUCCCUGUUCCACUCCCCUGCACUAGUCCUGUGUUUUGGGAGCAGGCAGGAGGCAGGGUGCAGGGCUGUGAGUAGGAGGCUGCAGACAGGGGCCCAGCGAUGGCCCCUUCCUGCCCAGAAGCUGACUCGGGGUCUGUGGCUCCCCCAGAGCCCUCGGUGAGCAGUGCAGUCGCCAGGCUGGUAGGCACUACUGAUUCGGGAGACAUUUUCUCGAGCGUGAGGCCAUCCUGCGUGCGCCUGCGUGUCUGUGCCCCAUGAGGUUGCGCGUUUAUGUCCGGCGCCUGUGCGCCUGCACGCGCC